AGCCCCGCCUACUAGCUACAAGAGAGAAAAAGAAGCUGGGAGAGUGUUGCCUGUCUGUCUGCUGCGGCUGUCUAGUUGCUGGAGAACUGGCAGAGAGAUGAGCAAAGCUGGAGCAGCUCCACCGCCUCGGACGGCUCCACCACCGGCCACCAAAGAAAAGGGUGUCCGGAACCGUUCGAAGAUGUCCGGAAAUGGAAGGAGAGCAGCCUCGGGUUCUAGCAAGUCUCUGCGGGCGAAGGAGGAGGAAUACAGGAGAAUGAACGCUGAACUUGAGGCAAAGACUGCUGAACUAGUAAAGGAAGCCGAGCACCUGGUGAAGGGUAACAUGUCUCUGCUGUGUGACCUGGAGAGCUCAGUUGAGCACUCAACUAGUCCAGUCAGGUCUUCUACUGCUGCGGACCAUGCAUCGUCGUUCUCUCUCCCUUCCUCUCCCCCUCCCCCUCCCUCCACCUCUCCUCCCUCUCUCCCUACUCACACUACUGACACCAACAAACCAAUGGCUGUGGCAAAGAAGAAAACAACUAAACCAAAGAAGACGGCUAAAAGUUUACCAUCGGAGGUUGCCGUGACGACAGACUCUGGAACUGCGGCCGAUCUCAACAAUGUCGUCCUCAGAAUGGAACGAGAGCUGGAUGGAGUGGAAUGGAAUCGGGACGCAGGAAACGGGGGAAUCGAUGUUGUCCCUGAGGCAGCUGAUGAUAUGGGACCAGAGGCAUUGACGAGGUUUCUGAAGGCAAAGCUAAGAGUGAUGCAGGAGGAAAUUGACCGUCUUUGUCAGGAGCUAACUGCCAAGGAUAAGCGACUGGCUGAAAAAGAAACUGCUGCGAAGUCACUUUCCGAGGAAAACAACAAACUGCUGCGCACACAACGCACGCUGCAGCCGGAGCUGGAGAAGCAGAGGUCAGUUGCUGACGCUCUGAGACAGAAAUGUGGCGGACUUGAAACUCAGUUGGCCACUCUCAGGAAGGAGAUAGAUGUAAUGAAAGGAGGAGAGAAGAAGGCACGGAGUCAGCAAGGAGCCAUUGAGGUCCGGCUGAACCGUGCCCUGGAGGAUGUAGAGAGGCAGAAGACUGAGCUUGCCAGUCUCCGUGCUCGGUCCCAGGAUUCGAGUCGGGCGGAGAGGUCGAAGGUCGAGGAGUUGACAUCAGAGAACAAGCAGCUGCUAAGACAGAGGAAUGAGCUGAUGACAGCCUUCAAGAAACAGCUGCGACUUAUCGACAUUCUCAAGAGACAGAAAAUGCACAUUGAGGCAGCUAAACUUCUCUCAUUCACCGAAGAAGAGUUUGUAAAGGCGCUGGACUGGCAAACUACUACCUGAUCACCUCCAUUAUGCGCAUGCGUAUACAAAACGUUCGCACGCUGAUAUAAAAUUUAUUAAACUUCGACCUUGACGUUUCGCCCACAUACGUAAGCACCGCCCGCAGUGGUAGAGAGGGAGAAGAUGCGCCGACCAGUACAGAGUUUUGGGCUGCUGGUCCUCGUUUUCUACGCCGCCUUUGCGAACAGCGGGAAUGACGUUACCGGUCCUUGCGACAGUUUCAACGAGGAGGUUCCGCGGACCAUGAAGACGACGCCCAAGGUAUCGAAGGAUCCGAAUGACGGCCCUUUGGUUGUAGAUGUGGUGUGUAACCCUGGCUAUCUUCUGGUCCCGGCUGAGGCGAGUCGACUGCACUGUAUCAAUGACACAAUAUGGGAUGACCUCCCUGAUUGUAAAGCUAUUCCGCGAGUUGGAUUCACAAAACCUGCGGUGAACUGCUCAAUGAAUAGUUUGUGUAACAAUUUGAAGAUUCCAGUUCAGCUGUUCGGACAGUUUGUGAGGGAGUUUUCGGUAAAUGUGACACUGGAUGUCAGUGCAGAUGAUACCUCAGAAGUGGAAGAGGAUGGGCUUUUUGAAAUCAAAACGACGACACUUGUCUUCAGCACUAAAGACACAGAGUCAGUGAAAGUGAAAGUGGAAGCUAAGGACACGGGUGUAAGCGGUGUGAGCAAGAUAUACACCUUGUGUUUGACUGUACUGCCAUCUGAGAGUAAUGAGACUCGAGCCAACGUCAGUAAUCGUUGUAUUGUUGUGAAGGUCAUCAAUGAAAACAAGGCCAGCCUAAAACUGGUUCAGCAGGACCUAUUUUUUACCAGUGGAAUGCAGCUGCUCAGUUUCCAAGUUGGCUACAGGGAAUGUGAAAUUAAUGUGACUUUAUGUCUGCACCCAAUUGAGAAGGAAAUAUGUACAAAUUUCACCAUACCGGAUAAUAAGAUGGACAUCUACACAGUCGACUUAUUGCAGCAGAAUACAGGGGUUUCCCUGGAGAUUGGGUCAUAUGAAGGAAAACUUGUUGCCCCUAACGACAGCUGCGGAGCUCAGAUUACCAACUCGACUUUGAACGUCCAAUGGACACUUACUCCUGAGGAAAUACACAAAUAUUCCGUUGAGAUAUGGAUGGAUAAUCGACCGUAUGAUGUAAAUAUUUCGCUGGAAGGCGUCCCCUCACUUUCUACCAUUCCAAUCAGCAUGUCUAAACCUUUGCCUACUCGAUUUAAUAUUUCUAUGAAUACAAACGACCCCUCACACACAACAUUGUGCACAAUUGAUGGACUGGCAGGAGAUGGUGGCUCAGGGGCAGACAUUUCCGAUUUCAUAAAAACAAGAUUCGAGGCAGUAACUGAUAUGACGGAGAGUUACUGGAUGACACUCUCCGCUAUGACGCCGCCGUUUGUUGCCACGGUGAAAGGCGGGAAUGAAGGGGCACUGCUGAUACUUUCAUUUGAUGCUGUUGCAAGUUUCACCUCCAAUUAUUCCAUUUGGAACGAUACGACUGAACUGGAUGUUUCCAUCGACACCUCGAGAUCUCUGAAACUAGACGAUUACGUAAUUAUUACUUCGCCUGACUCAGAACUGUCCAGCGAAGAUUAUAGCCUUAGAAAGACGUCAUCUGUGGACUGGGCACUCUCCCUCAACCUCCAUAACUAUGGUUUAGCAAAUUUCAUUCUAUCAAUGAAGAAGAGCGAUGUAGCUCCGCCCACUUUCUCCGUUGACACACCUAGCACUACUACCAUCACUAUUGGUACGGAACUGUCGUUUGAAGCGAAAAAGUACGCCGUUGGCGAUAAGGUAGUAGUCAUCAAAUCUUCCCGUGAUCUCAAGGGCAAUGACGAUUUUAAACUGAAUAAACUUGUUGAUUUGAAGUGUAUUCCAGAUGACGUUAUUACACUCGAUGCUGAUGGUGCCUGGGUAGAUGGUGGAAAAGUUGAAGUAUCGUUUACAAGGGUAGUGAUAAAAAAGACGCGGUUAACGUCACCAUCAGUUUUACUGUGAAAGGAGAAAUGAAGGAACUUGUGGCGAUUUCAGAGAGUUUCAAAGUUACAACUGUCGUCCUGCCAGCUGAAAAGAAGGACGUGACUGUCACCCCUUACACCAGAGGAAGAAGAUUCCGAAACGACGUCUCGUGCCAUUUGGAGGAAUGAUUGCAGUGCUGAUUGGUGUAGUGGUGGUUGCCGUGGUAGCGUACGUAGGAUACUCCAACAGGCAGAAGAUAAUGAGCUAUGUUGGAGGGGGAGGGGGAGGAGGAGAGGGAGGGGCAGGGAAAGGCCUCAUCUCCAAGAGCUAGAAAGCGGUUUCGUAGCAGAGGUGCGUACAAGAAACUGCCAACCAGUGUACAGGAUGCAAUGACUGGCCAUAAUGACUAGCUAAUCCACAUGUGAACCGUUUUCUCUCUCCCCCAUUUUCCCCGAUUUCGAUCAAGCACUGAGUGGAAACGCGCAUGCGCAGUGUACCUAGUGACGCCACCAAACAUGCACGUGAUGAAGGUGUGACAUAAUUGGAGUACUUCUCAUACUUUCGUGUUUUGUUAGUGGAUGUGUAGCUAGCUAGCUAGCCUCUAAGGUACAGUACUGUCGAUAUUCACGAGGUCGAUCGCCGUCUGUUGGAGAGAGGGGAGGAAUCCAAUAUGGCGAAAUACUCACAGAAUUUCUGGGGCAGUGAGUUCUGCUCCACAGCUGGCUAUGACACUCUGAUUAAGAGACUGAAAGAAGGCAAGAAAAUGUGCCAUGACCUUGAAGAUUUUCUUGAAAAAAGGGCUAGGAUAGAGAAAGAAUAUGGUGACAAUCUCGUUCGGUUGGCUGAUAAAGCUGCAGGAAAAGAAGAGCUAGGAACACUGCGAAAGUCAUGGGACCAACUAAAAUCAGAGACUGAUGCAGUGGGUCGACUCCACCUGAGUCUGUCUCAGAAAAUCACAGACGACAUUUUGAAGGCAGUUCGGGAGUUCAAGGAACAGCAGCGUGACACGAGGAAGAAGAGCGAGGACACGGUGAAACGAGCGGCCGGACACAAGAGAACCUGCUAUCAUUCCACCAACAGAGCCCGGGCCACGUACGAGACGAGAUGUAAGGAGACAGACAAGGCAGAAGAGUCGUUCAAUAAAGUCCAGAGUCUGGGGAAUGCCAAACAGCAGGAAAUAGCAAAGGCACAGAAGAACUCUGAGAAGGCACGGGCGGCGUCCAAGAACGCGGACCAGCUGUACCAGGAGUCUGUCAAGAGUCUAGAGGAGAGCCGGGCCCUCUGGGAGAGAGAGAUGGAGCUUCUCUGCCGGCAAUUCCAGGAGUUGGAGGAGCUGAGGAUUGCAUACCUCCGUCACCAGAUGUGGACCCUUUGCAACCUCUGUUCUCAGACGACCGUCUACGAGGACCAGUCAUUUGAGAACGUGCGGAAAGUUCUGGAAGAGUGCAAUGUAGACAAUGACAUCGACCUGUUUGUCAGCGAGAGAAAAACGGGGAGCGAGCGACCUGCCCCUCUUCGUUACAUCAAUUUCUAUCACCCGAACCAGAGCGAGCCCCCGACACCACCAGUGGCAAAGGGAGGGAAGGGGGAAGCUCCAAAUAAAGCCCUCCCUCCCUUACCACCGGCAAGUUCCUCUGAGCCUGCCGAACCCAUUGAAGACGGUGUGUACUCCAGCAUCCCCGACCAGGUCAAGGUAAACACCGUCGCCACGGCAGCCAGUGGAGGGGCGGGGUUUGACGAGAGCUACUACGCCACGCCCAAAUCCACCAUGGAGCAGGUGGUGGCGCUGUACUCAUAUGAGGCCCAAGGCUCCCAGGAGAUGAGUAUAGAAGAAGGCGCCAUAGUGACCAUCAUCACCAAGGAAGAUGAUGUGUGGUGGUGUGGACAGCUCCUGGACGGCACGACGGGAAUGUUCCCAGCAAACUACGUGACACCAUACCAGACAUAGACAUCCCCUCGCUCCCAUAGUCCAGGCCCCCCGUUAUGAUAAUAAUUAUAUUGUGUGUUUUUAAAUUAUGCAUUAGGUCAUUCAUUUGCCAGUUGUACAAGCAGAAUUAUAAUUGAUUUUUUUGUUCACACACUAAAUGUUGAUUAAUGAAAACAAGGCGGGGCAUAUUGCCACGGCAACCACUCCCAUGCAUGUGUAGGAAGUGAAUUUGACUGGAAUGUCGAGAUUAAUAGGUCCCCUGUCCCAGACCCAUGUCAGCUUAUUCUGGUUCCAUUCCGAUCCAGUCUUGCUCUCAUUCAAUGCCACGAACUUGGCCGAGUAAUGAACUCUUUCACUACUCACUUCGGAUUUCCUUUUAAUGCACACCGUUGUUACCCCAGCAACGUGGGCCACUGCUUGAAGUAAAAUCUUUGCUCCUCUUUCGGCUAAUGCUUUCAACAUCACCAAGGCAACCAACCCAACAAGGAAUCUCAAAAGACCACACCAAACGGCAGUCAACAGGCUGCUAUACUGCCCCGCCUCUUCCAGUAGACCACGCCCCCCGGUGGGCGGAGUCAGUAGGACCUGUCCAACAACAAAACCCACGGCAACACCCGUCAUGCAAACAGUCUCGGCAAACACUAUGGUGACGGGGUAAGGAUCCGGGUGUAGGCUAAGCAGCAGAACGACGAUACAGACGAUCCCGAGGAGAGAGAGGAGAGAGGGAGAACUGGAGAGGUAAUCAUCCACUCUCUCGUAGGCCCGGAGCCACCCCGCCAGGAGAAUACAGCCGACCACGCCCCCAGUCAGAAUGUCGGCUGGACUAUGCACGCCGAGGUACAUUCUGCUAAACAUCACGCUAACAGACCACAGGCCUAUUCCGACAAAGACGGAGAUUUUUGUCGGGAGGGAGAGGGAGAAGUGAUGGUCGAGGUAGAACCAUAGGAACCAGGGAAUGUUGGUGUUCAGAACGGCAUGGUGACUCGGCAGACCCCAGUCCUGGCAUCGCUGGAGCGGCGUUACCGGGGGCGACGGGGGGCGUGGCAGACACAGUGUGUUCUUUAGAAACCCAGUGACAUAGAAACAGAUCCCCAUCAGCUGUACCAUCAACCUCCCGAGCUUGGCGUCGACAAUCCACACCACCAGAGCCACCAGGAGCAUGUAGAACUCUUCUUCCCCGAGAAAGCUGCUGGCCUGCAUGACCGCGUUUCUCCACGGAGACCGGAGACCCUGGAUACGGACCAGCACCGGAGUACCGCGAAGGAUCUCCGUCUGUAGUCUGGCUCGUACCCACCUCCCCACGACUCCCAGCCGGUGGACUGGAGGGUAGACCUCAAGUCGACUCGAAUCCGACGCUGUUUCUUCUCGCUGCAUUGUGUUUAGCUUGAGGUCAAAG